UAGGAAUUCAAUUCGCGCUAUCGCACCCGUACGCUUUAACAAAAGUAAUUUACGAUCAUGCACGUAUAUCAAAUAAUACUUUUUAUAUAUGCUUUCAACUAGAUAUCGUCGACAGUACGAUCGAAUCACCUCUCGAUACGGAGAAUGUGGCUCCACUGUGGUAUACUGAUCUACCUAUUCGGAUUUCUUCUGGCAAGAUCCUCCAAAUCGGCCGAUGAUGCCGGGAAAUAUUCUUCAUUUCUGGAAAGAAAACUGACAUUAAAAUUAAAAACGGCAACACGGCUGAAACACAAUGUCGGAAAAAUUCUUUACGAGUUUCCGAUACAAAGUUACGAGAUGCAUCACUCCGUAAAGAUCAUCGAGGAUUAUUUGAAAAACGGCGGUUCACUGCUCGAGUGCCUCGGUGUCUUACCUUCUAUAACGUACGCACCUAUCGCAGAGCAGAUAGACAGUAUUCUUGGAUCCAUGGAGGACCGCUUGCCCGAGUAUCUCCUCCCCGCUAUAUCCUUGAUUCGACGAUCCCUGUCGGAGAGUGUUCUGGACGCCGAUGAGAUCUACAAACCCACUUUCGAACCGCCGAAGGUGGACCCAUUGGAGAAGAUUUCUAUGAGAGAGCUGAAAGAAGCAACCUCGUCUUUGACCUACCGCGCGCCGGUCAAGGCUAUGGAAGGACCCUGGCCGAAGAUUGUCGGCGAAAUGGCAAUAUUAAUCCACGACAAGGUCAUUCCUCCGCGUUCUGAAUUGAUCGCGUACAUGUUGGCGAAUCUGCGGAUACCGGACGCGACGGCAGAAGUGAGAGAAUCGGUCGUACUUCUCGUCGAAUAUUUGCAAUCGCAUGGCAAGCACGAAUUAAGCACCAACUUUAGCGUAUCCCUCGAUCCUUAUAUGUUAGUCGCCAACGCCGUCUCAAGUCUAUCCUUGCAAAAUGAGACGUUGACAGCCGCCAACAUAUUGUUGCCAUUCUUGCGGAAGCCCUCAGAGUGUCGAGAAUCCGCCGAAUUCGCUAGCUUCUUUCAGGACAACACUCUGAUGAACUAUACUCUGCUGAUAUGUCGAGACAGGAUGAUAUCUAAAACAAAAGAUGGUAUUGCGUUUUUAUCUAUGAUUCAGCAGAACAAUACGGAUGUAUGGGAUGUAAUAGAGCAAUUCUCUCCCUUUGAGUACGCGUCCUGGAAAGAUUUGUUGCUAGCUUUCGUCAGCCAACUCAGACGUCAGCAGAUUCAUCGGAGCAAAGUAUCGAGCAUCAUAGAUAGCAUCUACGGUAAGCUAAUUUUGAAAAACAAUCGAAAACGUUGGCAACUUCCGAGGAAUUCCAUUAUUGCCUCACCGCUUCUCUUCGCAAUGGCUAGAAAAGAGAACUCCGUCAGGAUUCGCAGACUCCUCAUGGAUGUAGCUACAGAUAGAACAGUCAAGCCGGAAGUCUGGCAGAAGGCACUUGCUUUCACUUCUUCGGAAGACAUCAGCGGACCGAUAAAUGCCGCACUGCAAACGCUGAAGGCUUUAUUAACUUCAGGUCUUCUUCCAUAUAGCGCCCUGUCGAUGAAUAUCGCCGAACUGGUAACCACAUUCGAUAACAGAUUCAAUCAAGGACAGACCGAGUGCGCCAGUCGAUUAGAAAUAUUCUUGACUAAUUUUACUCAAGAAAUCGAAAUCAAUAGAAAGAUGACGAUUGGAGACGUCGAUGUCAAGGAUCUUCUGCAGGCUUUGCCAAAGUUGGAUAUUUACACGGACGAAUACCGAACCUUGGAGAGCUUUCUGUCGCAGGAUAAUUUGGAGACGAAGCUAGGACAAAUUGAUUUAAAUGCUCAUCCUACCAGGGGUAGAUUGCUAGCUCAAUUACUACAGAUGAUAAAGCGUGCCGACGGCAUCGAUGAUAAUCUACGUCGUUUAGCCGAACAAUUUACUGAUAACAUGGCUUACGAGGGUUAUGGAGCUGGUGCUUUGUCGUAUCGUUCUAAUUAG